GGGCCGGACCAUGGGCAGGCGGCGAGCGGGGCCGAGCGUGGCCCGGGAGAUUGAUGGACUGGAGGAGAAGCUGGCACGCUGCAGACAGAACAUGGAAGAGGUGGAUCUUAAGCUGCGCAGGGAGAAGCUCAGCCCCGAAGGAAGAAAGUCACUGGAGAGAGAGCGAAACUUACUAAUGACCAAAGCUGACAACUAUGGGAAGUCUUUUGUUUGUUUCCCAGAGAAAGAACUGAGUGUGCUUCGUAAGGAAAAUCGCAAGAAUGCUGCCCUUGCUGUGGCCAUAGCAUUGCUGAUUGCUCUUAUUUACGCGUGCUGGACGAUGUGAUUGCACUCAAGAAUUCUCCCUACUGAACAAAUGAUUCCUGCAAGGAGCUCUUCCUCCUCUCACCGUUGUGCCUCCCCUAAGGGUGAGGAUCAGCAUUUUAAAUUACUGUUCUUGUUUACUGUCUCCAAGCCUUGGUGUAGGGAAGAUUUUUCUCUACAAAUUGAGGACAGGAGACAAACCAGAAAUCACAGCACACUUGGACUUGGAAAUCAGGUCAAGCAGAGCUCAAGGUGGUGCUAUCUUAGCCAAAACAGAGCAAGACCAUCUGGCCUGAUCCAGGAAGACAAUACAUUCUCCCUUUUGAAGAGGACCUUUGUGAUUGCAGACAGGUGCUUUCUGCCCAGCCCAGCUGGACUUUCUGCCCACACCAGGUGGCUCCUGUGACACCGUCAAAAACUGAAGGGACCAAGCUCUUGAUUCAAAGGGUAAUCUGUAGGUAUUGCAAUUUUUUAUGUUCCCAGAGCUGAACUAAAAAUGCUUCCUCCUCCACCCUGACUUCUAGGACCAAAGGAAUCCUACCCCAACAAAAGCAGAUGGGAUGUAGGUAUCUCUGCAAGCUGGUAACAUCCACAUUAAGAUCUGGGUGCUUGAGCUGUGAGAUAACUUGCCUACCAGUGCAUCAGAGCUUGGUAGCCAUUCUCUGCAUUUGAGAAUCAGUAUUUGCAGAAGACCAUUUACUAUCAACCUCCAGAGAUGGCAGUGCUUUUGUAGAACUUUAAAUAAAAUAAUUUGACCUUUUAA